UGACCGUUAGUUGACACUUCAAAAAAGUUCGAAGUACGACACUUCAUCAAUAUCCAUCGAUAUCUUCUCUGAAAAACCACCAACAUAUCGUAGUUCCAAACUCGAGAAGUCCAUGACUCCACCAUGAUGGUAUAGAAUAUCUAAAUAUCCAAUCAUCUGCAAUGGCAAAACAAGAAACCAAGUUAUAUUGUGACAAUUUUCCCUAAACAAAGCUUUUUUGAGGUGUCAAUAACAGUCAAACGAACAGAAAGUUGACGAUUUGGAUAUUAGAUUGUUUUUAAAAGGUUUGGCUAUUAUAUUGUUUAAAAUGAAAGGUUUGGAUAUUAAAUUGUAUUUAUUUUUUUUUCUACUUGAAAACGUUAAUAUUAUUAUUCUCCAUAUUUAUGUGAAACGAAUUAUUUACAAAUACCAUUUUCUUGGGAUUUAAACUUUCUCUCAAAAAAUUCCUUUUGUUUCUUCUCUUUCACUGUUAGCCCUAACCAAUCCAAUCUUCCUCGGUAUGAAAAAGAAAAUAAUUAAAUAAAUAAAAAAGCAAAAGAAAAAGGAUGUUCCUCUUUGUACGAAAAACCAAAGGAAAACCAAAUAAACCAAAUAAACAGAGCAAAGACCAAAGAGGGAGAGAAUCGCUUCUGUAGAUCAACAUAUCCUGGAGCGCGAAACCCCCAAAUUCAUUCCCUGCCUUUCUCCUCCGAUAACCCUAACAAGCUCUCUCUCGACGUUUGAACGAAAGGUUCGUGAGGUUCUCUCUCAAUCGGACCUUGUUUCCUUCGAUUAUUAGUUAAUCGCUUUCGGUUUGAUCGUGUUUAUUGUAGAAAUCUGGUGCUCUUACUGUAACCUGCUUGAUGUCGAAGUCUCGAUUUUUUCGAAUGAUUUUUUUUGAAUUCUGUGCGUCGCUUUGUGCGGAUGUGCUGCUAAUCCCUCUUUCUCUUGUUUCUGUGGAUGAAGUUUGUUUGACGUGUUUGUCUUCAAUCCAGUUCAUGGAUUGAUCUGAUUUCAGUUCAAAAUUAACCCGUUUCGGCUGAUUUUCCUCUUUCUUUGGAUUCCCCUUCGAUUUAGUUUCUUCUAUGUAGCUGUUUUUGAUGAUUUAAGUUGCUUGAUGAACAGUUCCUUUUCCCAUGGUGUGCCAAACUCCGAUUCCCCCCACGUCCCUUUUUUUAUCAGAGAGAAGGUUAAAUAUCUUCAGUGAUCUUUUGAUGGGGAAAGGUUCUGUUUCUUGUAAUUUAUUAUCUCUGAUGCUUAGAUGUAUGUGUUCGUUUUGGUUGCCAUGCUUUUUUACUGUCGCCCGGAUACUUGAAGUGGUGAGACGCAUCAUGCGAUUGAUUGUCUAAAUUUGGUUUCUUGGUUGUUGCAGGGUGAACCUCCUCCUAUUUUUGGAUCAUCCCUAAAAUAGGCAUCAUGAGAUUUAAGAAAGGAAGCAAGGUGGAGGUGUUGGGAAAAGAAGAGGGCGUGUGGCGGCUGGGUGAAAUUACAUCCGGUAAGGGACACACAUACAGCGUCAAGUAUGAUGUUUCGAUGUUUGCAAGUGGUGAAGAUGCUGAAGAAAGGGUCCCCAGAAAGGCCAUUAGGCCUUACCCUCCAUUUGUUGCUUACCUUGAUACAUGGUCUGUUGGUGAUGUUGUGGAGAUCUAUGUCAACCUGUCCUGGAGGACAGCUGUGGUUAUGAAGGUCCUGGAUGGAAAUUACUACUCGGUUAAACUAACUGGGACUGCUAGAGAACUUCAAGUCAACAAAAUCAACAUUCGAGUUCCCCAAUUAUGGCAAGAUGGCGAGUGGUUUGUCAUGGGAAAAGGCAAUAGUAGCUGCGAGGAUGUGAACUCCACGAAUGCAUCAACCUUGAGUUGUUAUCAGAAGGCAAGCCCCAGGAUGCAGCAAUCUGGUGCCAGUAGAAAACUUCCAGAAGGGAAUAGCUAUAUAUACACCGAGAACAACACUGGUUUUCAGGAGUCUUGUGUUGUGUCAGCUAGAACAUUGAAGAGAGCUUGUCCUUUUUGGUCAUCUGAUUUUGGUGCAUAUGACGGAAGCCUUUGCAAAAAGAGAGCCAUUGGGAAUAAGGAGCAGCUCCAAGGAGUGCUGAAAGGGUACCAAAUAUCUUCACUGAAAAAGGACAACAGUUGGACACAUGCAUGCUUUGCUUUGAAAGAUCAAAAGAUGAUACUGGGGCACAAAAGAUGGGGCCAGCAUCCGCUUCCCUUUCUUUUGAUAUGCACGCCUGUCUUUUUUUCUUCGGCUAUGCAUGCCUCUUACUAUUAGCUGAUUACAGUUUGUUUCAGGUUUGCUGGGAACACAUACAGAACUUGUGGCUGCCACGAUGUGGGAAGGUCAUGCUAUUUUUAAUAUUCAAUCCUCCACAUAAUUGUUGUGUUUGUUUUACAUUGUGGCAUCUGUUCUGAAACCGAGUAAACAAGUUGGACCAUGGUUAGAUUUGGAAGAAAUCGCCCUGAUGCCUAGGUUGGUGGUGCGUGAAUGAUUUUUUAGAUUUUAGCAACGUAUAUGAAUUAGUUUUUGUGUCCUCGCCUGCUACAGCUGAAUUCGUUGGCUUUUGGUCUAUUGUUCUGACGAAUCCGUAAACAUCUAGUUGCUGGUAAAGACAUGAAAUUUAUAUCUUCCUACAACGUCGUCACAGUAUCAGUUCAUCCUCAAACUAGUUGCUUUGCUCAUUGCAAUCCUGCACAUAGGCAUGCUGCUAGUUUUCAGUAGCAAUAUCCUCGGAACAGUUUUAGGGAAAUUUUCCCAAGAAUAUUGGACUGGUCAUAACAAGGUGAGUUUUCUCCUUGUCCAUUUUUGUUUGUUUGUUUUUUAAGUUGAUUCAUAUUAGUUAGGUUCUGCAUAAGGUGUGGAUCAAUGGUUACUAAGUUCGUGCCACAGCUGUUAAUUGUCUUACAAAGCUCAUAGUGAGUCAGUGACGGCUAUCUACUCAAUCCAGUCCAGAAAGUUGGUAUUACUUCCUGUCAAUCUGAUGCAAUUGCCCAUGACCUGUUUGAAAUGGUAUGAUGUUGUAGCCAUCUUUUGAUCUACUGGAUUAUUAUGAAUUCUUUCUCCGGUACUGGCACUUCUUUCUUCUCUAUUGCUACAUUGGCAGAUUAUUCAGCUGUUGGAAAGCUUCCCCAGUAUCCGUCUGGUCAGUGGCAAGUUAUUUUUGAAGGAAACUACUUGUUUGAUAGCUCUGUGCAUUGACAUUAAGUAUCAAUUUACCAUGUCCAGGAAGCAAACCGUGUAACACCAGCUCUGGACAUGUUUUAUGUCAUGGUUUCUCGCUUGUUAUGUUGUCUUUUUAAUCAAUCGUAGCUGUUGUUCUUCAUCAUCGUGUCAAUUGCUGCGGCCUGCGUGCACUGUCGCCCAAAGUUGAUGACUUUGGGAGGGUAAAUGAUGCCCCCACCGACUUCCUUUUGGUAAACAGUGCUGAAAUGUUUGAUGAAUGGAAUUGCAGGUGCUGUGAUGGGGAUGAGAUUAACGUUGAUUUGGCUUAUUUGGGCUGUUAGUUUGAUUGGAUAAUUGUGUGGCCUAAGUGUUGAUUUGGGCUGUUAAACAAAAACCAGAGCGUUAGUGUUCAUUUGGUAUAGAAUGCUUGUGCAGCAGGGUCUUAUACCUUCAGCUGGAUUCGACGACAGCUUUCGCUUUACAUACAGCAGCCCCGCAACAGGAUAAUCGGUAACACAACCUGUUCAAGAAAUUUAGUAAGCUUGUGAACCAAAGUGGGGAGCUGAAGAUCUCUCGUAUCUAACCUUGAAUGCAAUAAAGUCGCCGACUAUCUCGAGGUCAAUUAGUUCAUAUAGGAACUCAUGCUUUAAAUACUUCGGGGCUCAAGAUAUGGUUAUGCAUCAAUCAAUAACUAAAUCUUGA